AUUGCCCGUAUAUCUGAUUUUUCGUUGUCAACAAUGUCUUGUCCAAAUCUCGAUCACAUCGUCAUUCUCAUCCCUCAUGACGAUCUCCUCACUCUAUCCGACCGCCUCCAACCUUACUUCGUUAUAGCGCCAGGCGGGACCCAUGCCGAUGGAUUGACCUCGAAUAAAUUGAUUCUCCUCCCGGACGGAGUCUAUAUCGAAUUCAUCGCCUUCGCCAAGGAUGCCGAUCCCGAGCAGCGCCGAAAGCAUCGCUGGGGAAAUCUAAAAGAAAACACCAUCAUCGACUGGGCCCUCACAUUGCCGAGCGAGAGCGACUUCGCUGCUGUCCAGCAGCGAGUUCUCGACUCGAGAGCUGGUUUUUCCUAUCAAGAUCCGAUUCCCGGAGGUCGAAAGAGGGAGGACGGAGUCACCUUGGAAUGGGCCAUCAGUGCUGCGAGAGACGCCCAAGGCAACGCAAUCAUCCCAGGGCAUUUGCCGUUUUGGUGCCUCGACAGAACGCCUCGGCCCUUGCGGGUGCCCUACCAGGAGCAGCUCGAGCUGACCCAGCAUCCCAGUAGGGUGUUAGGAAUAUCUUCGGUCUCUGUGUCUGUUCCGGAGGCACAGGUUUCCGAUCUAGCGACAGUAUACGAUGCGAUCUACACCUCGGAGGGCUCGACGGGGUUGGCGCCUCGAAAUUGGCAUUAUGAGGUUCCCGCAGGAUUGCACGAAGGAAGGCGCACUAUCUCGCUGUCUGCGAAUAAAGGGGAAGCAGCCGUCACGCUCACCUUGUAUGGAGAAAUGCAAUGGGAAGUUGAACUUCUGCCCGGGCUUAUAGUUGCGGUUGAGCGAGUAUAG